AUGAGCCCUGUCUUUUCGCUGCUCGAGGGCGUGGCCAGCCUACUGGUCGUGCAAGCGGUGGCGCGCUUCUCGCAGUGGCUGUACGUAAGACGCACUGACCCCAGGAUUUACGACCCCCAUGGCAACCGCACGCGCAAAAUGAGCAGCAGCGUGCUGAUCCGCAAGCUGCUGCAACUCGGCAUCGACGCCAGUGAGGCGUGGCAACUUGUGUUCCUGCUUCUCUCAGCAACAGUGUACGUGACCUCGGCUGUAGGUCUGUACGUGAGUUUUGAGGGGGCAACGCAAGGCCGCUCCCUUACAGCCGCCGCCAUCGGCGCGUGCGUCGUCUCUACGUUGUGGAUCUCGGGCCUCGCACUCGCAUUCCGCAAGGCCAACAUCGUAGAGACGUGUCUAAUGUUUGCCUACGUCGUUUUCAACGUGUACCAGUUGAGCACAUCGCUCCUGCUGGGCGCUGAUCCUCUUCAUCUCCUGCAGGCGUUCCGUGAGUCGAAUAUGCUGUCUCUACCCCUGCAUGUCUCAGCCGGUGCCAAUGUCAGUCGCUUGCUCCGCACACUGGAGAGCGGUUGGCGCGUGCUAUCGGUGGCGCUCGACACUCUGCCCCCGACGGUCAUUGUGAACCUAGUGUAUCGCAUCACGGUGCUAUACUUGGCGACGCGAGUUUUGGCCAUGCUGGCAUGGCAAAGUCGAUACCAGGAGCGCGGCGUGCCCACACUGCACCGUGUGCCGUCGCUGCAGGAACAGGCUGACUCACAGAAGCUCUCAGAGAUCAUGCUCAGCGCGAAGGAGCCCUGCUCAGAGGACGACGAUGAGAUUAACGACGUGGCCGGUCCCAGUGUGCCUGACGUGGGACUCGACGAGAAACCGGAGCGAGAAGAAAGUGUCGAGCCCAAGCAGGAGUCGCGCGCACCAGCGCUUGGUAUGGUUCUCGUGCGCUACUCGCGCUUUGUGCUAAUCACUCCAUUUGCUGCGUACGUACUAGCCACUGACACAGUGCUCGACCAAAACCACCAGAGCUACUGGCGCAUGCUCGCUGUCUCCUUCACGCUCGGCCUCUGGGGCGUGGAGCUGCUCAUGAGCAAAGACGACUCCGUCAUGUACGAGUAG